AUGGUGAUAGGGCUGCUGGUCAUCGCGGCGAUACCCACGGUGACGGGGGUGGCGGAGGCCAUCAGCUCCAAGAAGCAGCAGAAUGCUGCGAUGAAGGAAAAGAUCAAGUUCAACAUGACGGCAACGUUGUCUGUUGACGGGGGUCCACCGACAGAGGCCUGGAUUGUUCUCUAUGGCGGAAGAAUGUACAUCGAUCACCCCGCGGCACCAGUCCCGGCCCACAAGUUCAAUGGUUAUUACUUCAAAUACCCCAGCGAGCAGGGGUACCAGGGCCUAGUGUCGACGAUCUCAGACGACCCCCCGAUGCUCAACUGGCUAUACGUGGACAAGGACACUGGCGCCAUCCGGUACGGGUCCAGGAAGGAAACGGUGGACCAUGUUGUUGGCCCUUGGGGCUGGAGCGAGGAUGAGAAGCUCCUCGCCAUCGACGAGGACGACUGGCGGUUUAUUGCGGUCGAGGAGGACCUGCCACUACCAAAGAGACCCUCUGCUGCUGCUGCUGCUGCUGCUACAGAAGGGGAAGGGGAGGGUCAAGGUGGUGGGGAAGACGAGGAUGACGAAGAGAAUGAAGACGACGGGCCUGAUGUCAGGUACACCCACAAUUGGGCGCCCAUCAGGCUACUGAGGAAGCUGCAGCUCGGGGUGGACAGCUCGUACGUGAAGGGGGGUGGCCAGUCGGGGAAUAGAUGA